AUGUCCUCUUUCAGUGUCUGCUGGCUUCUCUUCCUCCUCCUCCUCCCAAUUUUGACGUUGUAUCCAUCUUGUUGGGCCAGUUCCAACUCCAUCACCCUCUCCCUCACCACCCAAUACCAUUAUCACCACUCUGAAAACAGCAGCCCCCUCAGCGUCGUGGCCUACGCGUCCAUUCAAAGGGCCCGACACCUAAAACGUUCCACCUCCGCCACUACGCUAGUCUACCCCGUCAGCAUUGGCUGUCACAUCACCACCCUCGGAUUUGGAACCCCGGCGCAGCCCCUGGACUUCAUACUGGACACCGGAAGUGGCCUCGUCUGGUUCCCGUGCGGGCCCAACUACAACUGCACCGCUUGCAAUAACGUCACCAACAUCCCCACCUUCAACCCAAAAUUAUCAUCGUCCUCAAAAAACGCCAGCUGCAUCUCCCCCCAACUGAAACGGAUCGAUCCCCAUUUUCGACCAUGCACGUCCUGCUGGCAACAUCCCACCCACAACUGCUCCAAAAAAUACAUACACUACGAAUACGGAUACGGUGAGGGAAGCACGAGAGGGCAACUUAUGUUGGAGUCUUUAACCCUCUCGGCAGCUGGGAACAAUAUUAAUGUGCCCAACCUUCUUGUAGGGUGCUCCAAUUCCUCGGACAAUGUGUCACUUUAUGGCAUAGCAGGGUUCGGGCGCAGCCGCAUGUCCCUGCCGGCGCAGUUGGGGCUCAAAAGUUUCUCCUACUGCCUCGUCUCUCACAAAUAUGAUGACAACAAGAGAAUCCACAGUCCUUUGGUCCUUAACUGGGGGGAUGGAAGGCAUGUGAAUGUGAUGAACCACACUCCCUUUGCCAACACCACAAAUAUAUCCACUUUUCCUCAAUUCCAAGAAUUCUAUUACGUCAGCCUAUUGGAGAUCCACGUCGGCUGUGUCAAAGUCAACGUUUCGAGCACAGACCUUGUGGCAAAUGCCGACGGCAGUGGCGGCACGUUCGUGGAUUCCGGCACCACCUUAACUGUCAUGGAGAAAUCGGUGUUUGAUCCAAUCGCGCAUGAGCUUGACAAGCAAUUAUUAGGAAAGAGGUACACUCGGUCAAAAGAGGAGGAAGCGGCGACUGGAUUGGGGCUGUGUUAUAGUGUUCCUUGCAAGGCUAACAUAUCUGAUUUGCCAGCUUUAACUUUUGUUUUCGCUGGCUCAGUCCAGAUGGUUAUGCCCUUUGAAAAUUCCUUUAUUUAUAAUACGACGUCGGCUGCGAUUUGCUCGACCAUGAUCUCGUAUGGUGAUUUAGGUAUACCUUAUGAUGGACCUGCGAUAAUCUUGGGUAAUUACAUGCAGCAGAAUUUUCAAAUGGAGUUCGACUUGCACAAUAAUCAGCUUGGUUUCUACCACACCGAUUGCACGCAUGGGAUCAGUUAUUCGCUUGCAUGUGAUCACGAAUCCAACAGUCAUUUCAGCAUUGUUUCCUUUGACUUUGCCACUGAAGAAUUCUCGUUGUCUCCAUGGCGACAUGUAAACGAUGAGCGUUUUUGGCCUAAUGGGUUCUGCCUGAUAGAAUAUGAGGGGUUGCUCGAGUUUAUGUAUUGGCCACCAUUUGAUCUUUGCAGGGAGGCUCUUGAUCGCGAUGUAUAA